CUUUUAUUCCCAUUGGUUGGCGUUUGGGAAUGUUUUUUUGCUGAUUGGUUGAUUGGCUUGUGGUUGUGCCUUCUCAUUGGUUCAGUGUUGUGUGUUAAGGAAAGUUGAGUGUGCACUAAUGUGCAUGACCUAUGCGCUGAACACAUAGCUGCAUCCAAUAAGGAAUGGUCAUUUAUUGCCAUGGUCAUGAUAUUUAUCCCUUUCAAUACUGUGUGAUUGUUGCUUUUUAUUAAUGAUAUUGGUAACUUCAGUUUUUAAUUUGUUGCUAUGCUGCAGCUUAUUAAGAAAUUAGUUUGGUGGGAUGGCUGUAAGAUUGAGUUAAUUAAAAAGCCCUUUUGUGUUAUUGGAUGUUAAUAAUUAAGACGUGAAGCUGCGCUUUUCAGCUUCACAUUUCCUCUAACAGCUACCGAGUGGUAUUUGUGUUUGCAUUUGCACGGUUUGCCUCCAAGAGGUGUGGUCCUCCAGAAGGAAUUCCUUAGUCCUAAGACUAACGGAAACGUGUGCGCGUGUGCACGGGGACAUGAGGGAGUUCUCCAGAUGAAUAAUCAAAAGCAGCUGCGCGUUUGCUCUGAAAUGGCUUCUCAAAUCAGGAGUGGGUGGAGUGGUAGUGCUGGAAUGUCCUACCAGCUGCUGGUGUGAAAUGUCCACCAAUGUCCCAGAUUAACCGCGCUAACUGGAUCGGCAGUGCUGGUGUGGAUUGGCUGCGGUUGAAAGUGGGGCGGGGCUUUCUGCUGUCACGACGACGGAAGUGAUGAUUGGGUGGGCGGGGCCUCCAGAGGGCUCCAUUUUCCGGGACCCCGCGGGGAAGCUGAAGGAGGCGCUGAAGCGGCAGCUGGCCAUGAUCCACGCCCGCAUCGAGGCCAAGAAGAUCGCCCGGCUGGCCCUGACUGAGCUCCGCAGCGCCAUGGCCGCCGAGGAGGAGGAGCGCCAGGCCCAGCGAGCCGCCGAGGCCGCCCUGGAGGAGGCCGCCCUGAAGGCCAGCCACCGCACCGAGGCCAAGCUCCUCAAGGUGGUGGAGAAGAUGGAGAGGGAGGAGAUGAAGAGGGCAGAGGAGGAGGAGGAGAUGAGGGCCAAGGCCAGGAGGGGGAGGGAGAAAGAGAAGGAGGAGAAAAAGGCCAAGAGAGAGAGGGAGGAGAAAAGGGAGAAGGCGGAGAAGGACAAAAAGGCGGCCAGUAAAAGAACGGAGAGGCGCGUGGAGGGCGACGAUGCGGACGACCGUAAGACCCGCACGAAAGUGGGAAAGCGCCAAAGGGUGGCCCGAGAGAAGAGAGGGGCUCUCGGGGGUGUGGGUAAAAAAUGAGGCAGUGCCACCUGCCAGUGCUCAAGCUGGCAACCACCACCCGUCCCCUCCCCCCAAAAAAAAUGAUAAAGGGAAAAUCGAGAACAAGGGUGCCCUCGUCAGCAAGGCGCAGAGAUCGGGCCUGGUCUCUGAGGGCCCCGUGUCCCGUUGCAGGGGUGUGACUGUCACCACCUCUUGCGGGACAGCUGUCCUGCGGGGUCAUGAGUAGUGUGGUUCUGUCCCCAACACCACGGCAACGCAGCAGGAGGAAAGUGUGAAUUUAGCGAGCAGCUAAAUGUCCUGAACGUAGUUAACUUAACCCAUCCCAGCAGCAGCUCUUAUUUUGUCGUUAUUAGCAGCCGAAUCUCGUGAGAAAUGUUAAAUGUCACUUAUAUUUUCCUGCUUUAUUUUUUUAAAACUGGAGUUUCACAGUUCAUUGGUGUAAAAAUUCUGACAGGGUUACUUCUUUUGGAUGUUAAUAUCUGCUACUGCUGAUUGUGAUGCCCCAGUCACGCAGGCGCUAACACCUGCAUUUGAGUUUAAUAAGCCAGUUUGAUUUCCUUCUGUCCAUUUUAUUCAUUAGUAGAUGUGGACAAAGCUUUCUGUCUCCCAUAAGUAAUGUCUGCUGUAGAUGACGUGUUAAAUGUUAAUAUGUUAAAUUUUGAAAUAAAGUAGAUUUGUUUUCUUUUUUUGAUGA